AUGGUAUGUUGCACAUAUCGUGUACGACCGACGGUAUCCGUGGACCAGGAGAACAAGUCGGAAGGUGAGGCGAGAAGGUCGCUUAGUUGCUAAUGGGCGACGGGGCCGACUGUUGAAGGGAAGGGUAGAACGUUGUUCAAGUGGAUAGACUCUAGGGCGGCAGCAGAAAGGACGGUAUUAUAUGUGAUGUAGAGAUCAUCUGAUGGGUCUGGUGUUGCAGAAUGGGAAAUGGGGAAGCCUAUAUCUAGGCGCUUGUGCCGAAUAUAAAUAUUGCAGUCAUCGUUUGUGAGGAAGCCGAGCCCGAGCACAAUGGACCAAGGGCUAACUGGGGUUGCUACAUAAUGAUAUGUCAGAGGGAAUUGUGGACGACGAACUGUAGGGUGAUACUACCAGAAAAAGAGAUACUAAUCCCGUUAGCGACCCCUAAAUUGCAAGGUGUCGGCAACGAUUCUAGUUGCCUAAGAAAAUCUUGUGGUAAAUUACGAACGUUGAUAAGGGAGACGAUGGUACCGGUGUCGACUAGUACUGGUAACAUCUGGUUGUUGAGUAAAAUAUUAAUCGUAAAUUUUGGGGUGCAGGAUGUAUCAGAAAGAGAAACAAAGUCAUGAGGAACCGACUUACGGGGAGGAUUGGCGUCGGGCCGAAUGCCGCGCAGUAUCCACAGCCGUAGUUAUGGCGGGGAAACAGCACGGGUAGGGGUGCCUUCCGGUUGGGCACCAGAAGGGAGUAGCUGUGGUGGGCACUUCGGUCGGUCGAAGCCCUUUGUGGUAAGCGGUACACAGUCGGCGUUGCUGUAUCGCGGCGGCUAAACUGGUAGGCGUGUGGAGAAGGAGGAUGUCGAUAGCGUUUGAGUCCCUGAGUCCAGUUGUAAAACGAUGCAGGAUGAAGGUGUCGCAGUCCGAGGUUGAGGAAUGCUAAUAGGGCAAGGUGGGAUAUCUCGUUCUUGAAAUCGUCAAGCGAUUGAUCCCGCACCUGUCUUAAAGAAGCAAACCGUUCGGUGGCCAUUCCUGUGGAGGACGGCGUGUCAAACAGCCGUAGAACGGUCCUACGAUCCAUGUCGAACGGCGACGUGUGGUGGAUUCCGGAGGCGAAAUCGCGUUUAUGCGCGGGAAUGGAAAGGAUUUGUAUGAAAUAGCAGGUGCGUUGGUUGGUGGAGACGGUAACUAGAAAUGCAUCCAAAUCGCGAAGCCAAUCACUUAUAUUGCGAUUUUGGACGUACGGUUCGGGAGCUAGUUAGGGGCUGGGGUCCAGGGUGUACGCUUAAUCGAUCGUAGGGUUAGGAAGGGGGAGAUUGUGUAACCGGGACAUUGGAGAGAGAAGCGGGUGGGGUACACGCUGCCACCAUUGUAAUGACCGAACGAGGGACGGAUGUCGGGUCUCGGGUUGUGAAGGUAGGGGAUGAUAGUAACUUAAACUCAGAUGGUCCAGCCGAUUGGAAGAUCCGGUGUAAUAGACCUUGCAUCUCGGAGUAGACGGGAUAGGGGUGAGCGGGGAUAAGGGACAUGAGAUAAGCGGCACAGGUGAUAAAAAGAUAUAAGUUUAUUCGAGUAUACAAAAACGGAAAUCUAACAAACAAGGUUGCGAAAAAACAAAAAAUACAAUGGAAUGACUUAUCGAGAGGAAUAGGAGGUUAGUUGUUGGCACGUGGCUUCGGAGGCGUAGUUUCUGCAAGGUAAACAUAAGAAAAAUUCCUCUGGCGUGACAGUUCAUUAAAACGCUCAAGGCGGGGCCCCUGGUCAGAUCUCGGGAUGUUACACAUACCAGUCGACCCCCGAUUAUCGCGUUCAGAUCGAAGAAGGUCUCUGGUUGAUCGGCCUCAGUCGGGGUAGCAAGGUUUCCAGGGACGUACUCGAAUGAGCGUGAGCUGGUCACCUAAUCGAUAGGAUGGCGUGCUCACCUUCGUACGCUCACGCUUGUACACCAUUUUCUGCCUUCUAACGUCACUACACGCAAGCAUUGUUGCGACAGUUGUUCUUCAGUGUUACUAUUCUGUCCGGUCCCAACCUCAUGAAAAGAAUUGGCGACUGAUAAUAUCCGAUGCCGCUUUAUCCCUCCUUUUCUUGACUGUCGUCAUUUUAUGGGCAGCAGUUUUUUCUCCCCAACACUCCAAGCUAUGAAAAACCACAAUCAUCUUUAUUUUGUUAUCAGGAUUUUUUCACUGAUGGCCGGAUUUGCGUUCCACCUUUCCCCGGCAAUGCAUGGGAACUGGCAACAAAUGCAGUUAUUAUUAUUAUUAUUAUUUUUAUUUUCCCCUUUACUAACCUGUGUAAUUGAGUAUUUUACGUUUCACCUUCAAAUAUUUCCAGGUCGAUAUUCGAGAGAAUUCAUCGUAGGCGUAUUUGGCGAAAGGUAAGAAACAUGUUAUGCGAAAAACUGAGAAUAUGAGGGCAAAUAACCAGUUCGAUUCAUUAUCCAUUUCAUCAAGCGGUUUGUUCGCCAACAGUUGAUCAACAGAUAUUGGCACAUCCUUUUCUGACGACGAAUCGACUCUCAUCGCUAUAAAAUGGCAUAUUACCACGAACGGCGGGCUUAAAGAAAAUCCUACAGCCCUCUCAACCUAAGAGGACUCAAAUGUGCGUAAAGAACUGAGGAUCUGAGCUGUACGCUCGCACAUAACCCACAAGCGCCUGACAAGUCUGCUGAAGACUUCAAGAGGAAUGACGCUGCUUAAAGCAAUUCUGAUUAGAAUAUAGGCUGAAUCACAGCAAACGUUAAAAAUCUUCUAUACGGAAUCUACUACGAGGCACUCACUUCUUAUAUGAGUCGGCGUUGAAUAUUCUAAUCUCGCUUUUCAGAUGAGCGACCUCCUCCCUCUAUUUCUGAAUAAACUCUCUCCCUCUUUUCACCCUGCUUUCAAACCCAUGAGGCUAAACAAGAUGCUCCGUAGCAGUAGGAAUUUAGGCAGCAAAAGAUGUGGUCGGUCAGUAAAUUAAAAAAAACAACAUUGGACAGGAGAUAUAGCAAAAUGGAUCAACGCAGCGUACAAACGGGUGUCUCGUAAAAAGGCCAAUGGUGUUUAGUUGUAAAGACACAAGUACUUUUACGGCUCUGCCGAGGGACCGGACGGUCCAGGGAGUGGAGUGCUGCUCUUUUUAUCUCUCUCGUUUAAAAUUAAGUGGGAUGGUAAUCAAAUAUCCAGUUAAUUUAAAGGGUCAUCAAUUUGGUUUAUGUUGAAGAAAUGCAAAAUUCAGUAUGACUGGGUAUGUGGAAACUAGAAGCCCUCAACAAGAUGCGCUCUGGACGCCUUUUGUCGCCCAUUGGGGGCGAUCGUACUCCCCCUACCCCAUCCGGAAUGCAACACGACACGUCUUAUCCAAUUGGCGGCGAACAAAUUUAUAAUCAAAAUUCCAUUGAACGAACUCAUUCAUUUCAGCAUACUGCAAAUGAAUAAAAUAAUGCCUGUCAUGCUUAUGGCCAGGUCUUGCGCAGUGGAGACGAAGAGGACCAUAUUGCACUGCCAGCGAAAAUGAAAUGUCCACGUGAUAGUUUUUAGCUCAUCAAAGAGAGUGUUGAGCAACUGAUCGAAAAAGACGUUGAGAGUAUCGGCGAGAAAUCAGGCCAAAAAGAAAUAGGGCGGAAAAAAUUGCAGGCAAAAGAAAGUUUGUCGUUUGUCGCCCUAACUGCCAGGUGUACCCAUGGGUGCAGGAAAACAUAACCCGUAAUAAACUGUAUUGACUAGAUGGGGGAAAUGAAUGCUCUUUCCUUCACGUACUCGGUACUCUGUUGCACACAGAACAGGACUCCAGUCAGAAAGAGGAAUGCAUUUCAAUAAUUUCCAUGCUUCAAAUCCAAAUUAUUCAGUCACAAAACUUUCCAAGCUUCCAUGUAUAACGCAUACUACUCCUCGCGUUUUGGAUUUUUUGUAUAUUUUUACUGACAGUGUGGUUAUUUAAUAUUCUUUUGUCGUUUAGAAGAUCUACCUUCCCCAGGGCUUUUACCAUCCUCACGUAAACCCCAAAACAGGCGAGCUAGAUGCCUCGGUAGAAUUCUCUAAAUGGAACCCAGGUGUUUCUCGAAUCUAUCAUUUGCUUCACUAUCUGCGUUUGACUCUGAGCGAACCAUCCGUCGACAACCCUACUCAAUGUAAGGACUCGAAUGCGAACACUGAACAGUCAACCUGGUGCAAUUACGCAAAUCCCGAAGCAGCUUAUGUGUAGGUUAAUUCCCUUUGUGACCACAAACAUAUCAUGUUCGUUCCUCAUACUGAUCUGGAUAAUUUCGAUUUGGUUGUAGUUUCGUAACCAACCCUGACGACUUCGAAAAACGUGCCAAACGUUACGUUGCAAAUUAUUCCCUCUGGUCGACAUCUGGUCCAGAUACGAGUUCUAAUCCAAUUGAGUAAGACUCAGCGUAUGUUGUUUGUGUUCGCCUUAGUGUCUUUCUAUUCUUGACUCGGCACAUCGGCAGUUCACCUCUACUUGAAUCAUGAGGUUCCAGCCACUUGACUUAACCUCUAACAUUAAAAUGGUGUACAUCUCGUUUGUUUCAGUAUUUCUGGAUGGCAAAAUGACAGUCUCAUUAACAGAAUUCGGGAACAGGUUUCAUCCUCAUCGCAGGUUAGUUUUACAUCCAACAGAUACCCUUGACAAAUACACCUUAUGUUGACCGUAAUUUUCGAUGCUGUGAGAACAAUAGUAAAGCGCACCUGGCGUCCUGUCUUAAACAAAAGGGAGGUCGGGGAACGCGAAAGGCAGAUUAUGUAAGUUGCGACCAUUCUGUCGUAUUUUCGAAAAAUCAGGUCCAGCGAUAUAUCAAGUCAACGAUGUUCGAAUCUGGGCUAUACCAGACAGAAGGCCAAUUUUUCAGCCUCGCUGGAAGGCACAUAACUUUGCAUGUUUAUUGUUGGCACGAUUGCCUGGCUACAUAUCUGCCUUUUUCACACGAAUUAGCCGAGACAAGGACGGUUCUAGAUUGCAGGUGAUUCAAGUAUGCAAAAGACAUGAGUCAGUCGUCGAUAACGUUGUGGACUUACGGUCUUUAAACUCACAUGUGAAAGUAUGAAUGCAUGGACGCAAAUGUCUGCCUUGCGAACAACACAUUUCCUUUAUGGGAAAUUUCGUUUUGUACACUAUGCACCUGACUGUUUCUGUUUCUUCGUUGCAGCCUUUCAAGAGUUGUGCUUGCUGCAGUGAUGCGAGUUGUAGGGGCUACUCGUGGAUCGACCCGUGCAAAAUGACACUCUUUUCCACUGAUCGUCUUGUCGACGAGAAAACUGAUUAG